CGCUAGAAAGUGCGCUCGCGGAGAGAAAGAAACAUCGCUUGGAACUGUUUAUCCUGACGUCAGUUUGAACGGCUCGCACUGCCCCCGUAUCACUUCACGCGACUCUGAACUGAGCUUCGGCUGGAUUUCGGGAAUCGAUGAACUUCACCAUCCAAACUACUGGAGCCACUGAAAUGAUUUCGGCUUGUUUUCCCAACUGGACUAACAACAUAAAAUGAAUACCUGCGCAUUUCUCUUGAUCCUGGCGGUUCAGAUUCACGCCGACAGCGUAGAGGGACCAACAGCGGGCUGCACGUUUGAUGAGGACUCCGACCCCAGCCUGUGCGAGUUCAGCCAAGGGGAGGAGGAUGACUUUGAUUGGCAGCUGUUCCGCGCUCAUGCCUCGCCACACUCCACCUCUGAUCUCUUGCGCGGCUCCUACAUGAUGGUCAACUCCUCCCAGCAUGCAGCGGGGCAGAGGGCUCAGCUUCUGCUACAGACGCUAAGUGAAAACGACACGCACUGCGUGCAGUUCAGCUACUUCCUGUACAGCAGAGAUGGCCACAGCCCGGGGGCGCUGCGGGUUUAUGUGCGGGUCAAUGGUGGGCCGCUUGGCAUUCCUGUGUGGAAUGUCUCUGGCUCACGUGGACGACAGUGGCACCAGGUGGAACUGGCAGUCAGCACUUUCUGGCCAAAUGAGUACCAGAUAUUGCUGGAGGCGACUGUGGACCGCAAAGGCUACAUUGCAGUUGAUGACAUACUCCUGUUGAACUACCCCUGUUAUAAAGCCCCUCAUUUUUCCCGUUUGGGGGAUGUGGAGGUCAACGCUGGACAAAACGCCACUUUCCAGUGUGUGGCAGCUGGACGUCCCAAUGAAGCAGAGAAGUUUCUGUUGGAGCGGCACAAGGGUGAAGUGUCUUCAGGUGGUUCUGUCAAGCACUUGGGCCGCAACCGCUUCUCAGUGUCCUUUCAACUGGAGGACGUCCAGAAGCCAGAGCAGGACCUCUACCGCUGCGUCACACAGUCCCCCAGAGGCUCCGGUGUCUCCAACUUUGGUGAACUCAUUGUCAAAGUUCCUCCAUCUCCCAUUGCUCCACCCCAGCUUUUGAGAGCGGGCUCCACGUAUUUGAUCAUUCAACUAAACACCAACUCCAUUCUGGGCGAUGGCCCCAUCAUCCGUCGGGAGAUUGAAUAUCGGGCCAGCCAGGCACCUUGGUCAGAGAUCCUUGGAGUUAACAUGGUUACCUAUAAGCUCUGGCACCUGGAUCCAGAUACAGAGUACCAUAUCAGUGUGCUGCUCACCCGGCCGGGCGAGGGUGGGACGGGGCCACCAGGACCACCCCUCAUCAGCAGAACUAAAUGUGCAGAGCCCAUGCGGGCACUGCGUGGUCUUCGAGCUUUAGAGAUCCAGUCCCGCCAGCUGACCUUGCAGUGGGAGACGCCGGCCUUCAACCUGACCCGCUGCCACACGUACUCAGUCUCCUUGUGUUACCGCUACACGACCGCAGGGGGUGGCGGUGGGCACAACACCACGGUGAGAGAAUGCCUGGCUGUGGAGCACAACACUUCACGCUUCACCCUCAGAGAUCUGCCUCCUUUUCACACCAUCCAAAUACGCUUGGCACUCGCCAACACAGAGGGCAAGAAGGAAGGGAAGGAGGUCAUGUUUCAAACUGAGGAGGACAUUCCCGGAGGCAUUGCUCCUGAGUCUCUUACCUUCACUCCGCUGGAAGAUAUGAUCUUCCUUAAGUGGGAGGAGCCGGUGGAACCCAACGGUCUCAUCACACAGUAUGAGAUCAGCUACCAGAGCAUUGAAUCAUCCGACCCCGGGAUCAACGUUCCAGGCCCGAGGCGCACCGUUUCCAAACUGAGGAACGAGACUUACCAUAUGUUCUCCAACCUGCAUCCUGGCACCACCUACCUGAUCUCUGUGCGGGCGCGCACCGCCAAAGGCUUCGGCCAAACAGCGCUCACGGAGAUCACCACCAACAUCUCUGCACCUACAUUUGAUUAUGGAGACAUGCCGUCCCCUCUGAGUGAGACAGAAAGCACCAUCACAGUCCUACUGCGUCCAGCACAAGGCCGAGGAGCUCCAGUCAGCACAUAUCAAGUGAUUGUGGAGGAGGAAGCUGGUAGGAAGGUGAAGAGAGAACUGGGUGUUCAGGACUGCUUCCCCAUUCCAACAUCUCACGGUGAGGCUCAGGCCCGUGGUGCUCCACACUACUAUACAGCCGAACUUCCUCCAAGCAGCCUGCCCCAGGCUACACCCUUUACUGUGGGGGACAACCACACCUACAACGGCUACUGGAACAGCCCUCUGGACCCCAGGAAGAACUACCUCAUCUACUUCCAGGCCAUGAGCAACUUUAGAGGCGAAACAAGGAUAAACUGCGUCCGCAUCGCCCGUAAAGCCGCCUGUAAAGACCAUCAGCGUGCUCUUGAGGUCACACAGCGCUCAGAGGAGAUGGGGCUCAUCCUAGGAGUGUGCGCUGGUGGGCUGGUGGUCCUGAUACUGCUACUUGGGGCCAUUAUCAUAAUCAUUAAAAAAGGAAGGGAUUACUACUCAUACUCUUAUUAUCCUAGGAAGCCGGUGAACAUGAAUAAGACCCCCAUGACGUACAGGCAAGAGAAGAGUAAUAUGAUAGGCUCCAUGGAGCGCAGUUUCACUGAUCAGAGCACUCUGCAGGAGGACGAGAGGAUGGCCUUGUCAUUUAUGGACACCCAUACGUGCAGCACUCGCAGUGAUCCACGGAGCUCUAUGAAUGAGUCCAGCAGUCUUCUGGGCGGAUCGCCUCGACGUCAGUGUGGCCGCAAAGGAUCGCCCUAUCACACGGGUCAGCUUCACCCGGCAGUGCGUGUGGCUGACCUCCUACAACACAUCAACCAGAUGAAAACUGCAGAAGGUUAUGGCUUUAAACAGGAAUAUGAGAGCUUCUUUGAUGGCUGGGAUAUCAAUAAGAAGAAGGAUAAAACUAAGGGAAGACACGAUACCCUGAUGGGUUAUGACCGUCACAGGGUGAAACUGCACCCGCUGCUAGGUGAUCCCAACUCUGAUUACAUCAAUGCCAAUUACAUCGAUAUUCGGAUAAACAGGGAAGGUUACCAUCGAUCCAACCACUUCAUCGCCACUCAGGGGCCCAAGCAGGAGACAGUGUAUGAUUUUUGGAGAAUGGUUUGGCAAGAAAACUGCUUUAGUAUCGUCAUGAUCACCAAGCUAGUGGAGGUGGGCAGGGUGAAAUGCUGCAAGUAUUGGCCAGAUGAGUCAGAGAUGUACGGAGACAUUAAGAUCACACUGCUGAAGACUGAAACUCUGGCGGAGUACACAGUGCGAACUUUUGCCCUGGAGCGGAGAGGAUACUCCGCCAAACAUGAAGUAUGUCAGUUUCACUUUACAUCAUGGCCUGAGCAUGGAGUCCCAUACCAUGCCACGGGUCUGCUAGCCUUCAUCCGGCGGGUCAAAUCAUCCACGCCACUCGAUGCAGGGCCUGUGGUGGUCCACUGCAGUGUGGGAGCAGGCAGGACAGGCUGCUAUAUCGUGCUUGAUGUAAUGCUGGACAUGGCGGAGUGUGAAGGAGUGGUGGACAUUUACAACUGUGUGAAGACCCUCUGCUCUCGCCGCAUCAACAUGAUCCAGACAGAGGAGCAGUAUAUAUUUAUUCACGAUGCCAUCCUGGAGGCGUGCCUGUGUGGGGAGACGGCCAUCCCGGUAAACGAGUUUGCCCUGGCUUACAAAGAGAUGCUGAGGGUGGAUUCUCAGAGCAACUCUUCACAGCUACGAGAGGAGUUCCAGACGCUAAACUCGGUGACUCCUCAUCUGGAUGUGGAGGAGUGCAGCAUUGCCUUGUUACCACGAAACCGCGAGAAGAACCGCAGCAUGGACGUUCUCCCACCUGACAGGGCCCUGGCCUUCCUGGUGACCACUGAGGGAGAAAGUAACAACUACAUUAAUGCAGCACUGAUGGAUAGUUUCCACCGGCCUGCUGCCUUCAUUGUAACCCCUCACCCGCUGCCCGGCACAACCUCUGACUUCUGGAGGCUGGUGUUUGACUACGGCUGCACCUCUGUGGUCAUGCUGAAUCAGCUGAACCAAUCAAACUCUGCCUGGCCUUGUGUGCAGUACUGGCCCGAACCAGGUCUUCAGCAGUAUGGUCCUAUGCAAGUGGAGUUUCUGUCCAUGUCUGCAGAUGAGGACAUCAUCACCCGGCUUUUCCGGGUCAAAAAUGUAACAAGACUGCAGGAGGGUCAGCUAGUCGUGUGCCAGUUCCAGUUCUUGCGCUGGUCUGCAUAUCGUGACGUGCCUGACUCCAAAAAGGCCUUCCUCAACCUGCUGGCCAGUGUGCAGAAGUGGCAGAGGGAGUGUGGGGAAGGUCGUACAGUAGUCCACUGCCUGAACGGUGGUGGCCGCAGCGGAAUGUAUUGUGCUAGCAACAUCCUGAUGGAAAUGAUUCAGUACCAGAACAUGGUGGACGUCUUCUAUGCCGUCAAGACCCUGCGUAACGCUAAGCCCAACAUGGUGGAGACACUGGAGCAGUACCGUUUCUGUUAUGAGCUGGUUCUGGAGUAUUUGGACUGCUUGGAGGUCAGAUAGCGGAAUCCCCCCCCCCCCCCCCAUCCCACCAUGCUGACUUCACUGCAUGGAGCAGGACCACCGGCAGGCUCACUUUCACACCCUCAAUCACCUCUGCUUACCUUCUUUCUUUCCAGAUCCUAAAGCUAAAGGAAGAAGAUGGUUAAAAAAAAAACAAAAAAAACAAAUUUCGAGUUGAGUUUUCUGCCUUUUUACCCCAAACAUCUAAAUAUGUUCACCCUUCUGUGUCAUGGCUGUAUUUUCGGUUUGGGAUAUUUUCAGCAUAUUUUCCUCAGAACUGUGAGCAAUUCCAGAGCCUUGCUUGGUGCGGUGUGGUUGGUUUAGCUCUGCUCGCAGAGAUAGUGAGCCGUUUGUAAAAACGGCAGCUUUAUUUUACACCUGCCUGUUUCUCACUGGCUGGACUGAAGAGCAGAAAUAAACAUCACUUGGAGAAGAUUUCUUCAUGUGCAGCACAGUGGAGCAGAGUCGGGCGCCUUUACUGCUCUUAAAAGGAGUCGGGUACCUGUCGUGCCCCUUAAAAAGCGCCAAAAGGACAAACACACACAUGCAUGCACACACAGAUUCAACCAGCAGACAGCUUUCCAUCAACUGCCUAUCAAGAUGCUGAUGCCUCUUCAACGCUGUUUCUCCCUCAUGGGUACUUUUCUCUGAAGAUUGGUUCUUGUAUCAUUGGAGGUGGAGUUUAUUACUAUAUACAGUGCCAUAUGUCUCAAGAGGAGAUUGACAGGAGAGUUGGGCGGCCACCUUGCCCCACUGUGGCUUUCCUAUAUUGUUGUGACUGUUGUCUUUUUUCCUCUCACUUGUAUAUAUAUAUACUUAACGUCUGCUGGAAAUCUCUUACGUCUUAAGGUGUAAGUCUCAAGUGCUAACAGUGGCCCUGUGUGCUUAAAGGAAAGGAAGUACAUUAACAAGGGGCAGACGUGAUGGCAUUCUAAAGCUUGCGGUGGAUUACACCCUGACCUUUAUCCUCUCACUCAAUGCUUCUGAGCGAGCGCAGUUAAUAGUCUUUUUACAACAGCGCUGUGAAACGGGAACGGAGGCGAAACUGUGUCAGAAGCGAGGAGAAAGAGACCAAAAGGAACACCGGCAAUCUUCUUCUAUUCACUUGUAACUAUUUAUCGGACUGACUCGUGUUCUUUGAGUGAAUUUGUUUAACAAUUGUGCAGCUUUGUGUGUACAGCUGAAUCCAAGGCUCGAGAUUUUUCAAAGCAUUUCUUUAAGUUGACGUUUACAGUCCAUUUCUGUUGCAUUGCAGUAUGUGGUGGGCUUUAUUCGCCACUUUAAUAGCUGGAUAAACAAUGCUUUAUCAUCUGUUUGUCAAGUGUGCAUUUUAAUGUAUGGAACGGUUUUUUUUUUUCAAGCAUCAGAUGUCUAAUACCAUGUUAGCUAGUCAGAUUUCUGUCACAUUUUAAAAUAGUAAUUUUGGCCUUUCAUGCCUCAGAGGAUUAUUAUUAAAGCUAUACGUUUGGUAUAUAUAACAAAAAUAUGUUUUUGUUUUUGCUCCACUCCUACUGAGCAACAGUUAUUUUAUGCUAUAUUUUUUAUUAUAUUUUUUUUACGCUUUCAGAUUUUUUGUUGCCACAUUAUAAAAGCAUAUAAAUCUGGCUUUUAAACUUGAUUUAAACAUUUCCCAAAGAUUGGUAACAGGGUUACCAACAAAUUCCCCAUAGAAAAAACAUGAAAAACAGCUUGUAUCAAAAUCGAUGUGACCUUCUGAGGGUGAAAAUCAACCUUCUUUCACUGUCUUUUGGUUGAAAUAAGUGAAAGAGCUUCAGGCUGUAAUUUGUAAUUAGUUUGUGGAAGGUGCCAGACACUUUAGUGCAGUAAGUAGAACCGACAGCCAGGUGUUGAGUGAUAAAAAUACCAAACCAUAGUUACCACCAUUGAAAAUUACAGUAGUUUAAACUAAAAGCACUAAAUAAAAUGGUAUCCACAUCAGUAUUACAAACACGCAUCUCUCCAAUUGUUAUGACCCCUAACUGUGAAAUUGCCAUAUCAGCAAGAUGCCAAGUUAGCAAACCACAGAGGCGUUUUCUCAAUGAUUACAUUACUCCGCAUAAACCAUCUCAGAUGUCAGCCUGCCUCAGUCCACACUGACUGACGGCUCUCUGAUGGUGUUCACAAGCUCUUGUAGUUAAGAGGGACAGUUCGCUCAAAAAUGAGAAAUCUGUUCCAAACGUGACUUUAUUUCCACUGUAAAACACAAAGGAUUUGGGACGAUAGGAUGACAGAAUUUUCAUUUUUAGACAAACUGUUGUUCUAAGGGAGCCAGAGAAAAUAUUGAUUUGACAGAUUACACAGACAAUGUUCUGACUAUUUUUUUUUUCACCCAAUCCCCCUUUGGACUUGCUUGGAAAGUGCCUGGACACUCAGAUUUCAAGUGGAAAGUAUGUGUACAUAUAGAUGUAUAUUUGUGUUCUGUGAAUAGUAUGUGAAUAAAGUUUGUUCGACCAGAUUUAACAAUUUAAAAGUAAUAGAAAGAGUUGAAUGUACUGUUUAAGACCUGUUUCCUGAACAUGCCGCCAAAAGAUCUGACACAUGCUCAGUCAGCUGAGGAGGAUUUCUAAAAGCCAUCCCAAAGUCGCCCAUUCAGUCACUUUAAAACCUUCCAAUUCAUUUUUUUUUUUUUUUUUUUUUUUUUAUAUAACCAUGCUCAUUCCAAAGACAUUAGCCAACUUCUAAUGGUCUCUAUAUUCACUUCUAUGCUAAUACCGCUUAACUAUCCCUAGUGUGUCACUAUGAGAGAGGAAGCUGUUGAGCCAGGUCCUUGUUCUUUGUGACUUUUGUUUGUUCAUUCGUUUCCUUCCAAGUGUUUCUGUAUGAUACUGAAUGAUCUGGAAAAGAACUGUGUUUUUGACCAUGUGUUUGUGGGACAGGAAGCGGACACAGAGGCGUAUAUCUCUUGGGGAACUGAGGGUUGGGGUGGGAUGGGUGUUCAAACAACAAUAAAAUGUUCUAAGACUGUAA